CAGAUUCCCUCACUUUCACUUUUAUUGCAAUGUCGACGCUGGAAAGAGACUGUUAUCUCUAAAGGAAAAUGCACCUCUUUGAAAAGCGAUAAAGCGGCGCCAGUGUAGAUAUCGAGACCAAAAGGUGAAGAGUUGCAUUAUAAUCACUGUUCUUCUUGAAACGACAAGUGUAAUCGCGUCGCUGCUCACGAGCUCCGUUGUUAGUUACACUUCCUGUAUGCUUGUGCUGCGACAUGCACAAACGCUGGACAGGACAGCGAUUUUUAUGCAUUUUUCUUGAUUAUUAUGAGAAGGUUUUGGCUCACAGUGCUGGAAAAGAUAACUGGGUACAUGUCUUCUCAAAUAGGUUGCGCGAUUGCGCAUUAUUAACAUACUUAAACCACCCUUAACCACUCGUGUUGACAUCAGUGUCUAUAGGUGCCAGUCCUGAAAGAUGGCAGAGGAAGGCCGUGCGGUGUACGUUCACGGUUUGCCAACAGACGUGGAUCGUGAAAGGCUCCGGGACAAACUACUGAUAUACUUCCUACGCGCGAGAAACGGAGGAGGAGAGGUCACGUCAGUCAGUGUCACCAAUGCCACACCUGUGUGUGCCCUCAUCACAUUUGAGGAGAGCAGAGUGGUCCAAAGUGUACUUCGUCAUCAUCCUCACAUUUUACAGCUGGAUGGCAGAGAGUAUGAACUGUCGUUGAGUCUCCCAAGCCAAGAGCUCUUGAGCUUGAAUAAGGUGAUCCUUGAUAUGACUGUGACCAUUGAUUGCAGUCAGCUUCCUCAGGGUACAGAGACUCUAAAUGUACUACAAUGUAAAUUUCCAGGCCUACAUAUGCAACCUGGCCUAUUACAGCAAACCUGCACCUUUCAAGGCAUCUACUCUGAGGUUCAGGGUGCCUUGUCUUAUAUGAAAAAGUUCUUAACUCCCAAUUAUCACCUCUUAAGGGCAGAAAAUCCUGAUUUUAGUGGAAACAGCAGGCAAGCUCCAGAGAAGAGGGAAGACCACGGGAGUCAAAAGCAUCAAAUUCGGACCAGCUUUGCACACCAGUCACCAGGCCUUCAUACGGGAGACCUCAGCUCUGUGCCCAUGGUGGGAUUAGGACAAGAGCAUUAUGAACCUCAAGAUAGCACAGAGGCUCUCACCCAACUUGAGAGACACACUGUUUGGACAGAGAAAAGCAAAAUGGAGCAGGGGGCAUUUGCAACUGAUUUGGAAGAUAUUUCGCUUAUCAUGGAAGCUGAUGUGUUUGCGUACCUGCAGAACAACAAAGAAUACAGGCGAAUACUGCAUAAUCAUGGAGUACAAGUGGUCCAUGUUACAUCUGAGGGGGUCACCACCCUGUACCUGCAAUCAGAGGUCCCAACAGGUUUAGGGGAUAAACAGAACAUGCGACAAGCCCAUAAGGAGCUGAGGCAGCUUUAUCAGCAGCAAGAGAGUUGCCUGAGGAAAGACAAGCUACAAAGGAGUGCCAUAUACCUGCCAGGGGGACUGACUGCAGCAUUAAAAAAUGUGCAGUCAGUGCUGCCUAAUGUUCUACUUAGUUAUGACCAGGACAACAUUUAUAUAGUGGGAGAGAGAAGUGAGGUAUCUCAGGCCAAACAAAUGCUAAUGCUUAGGGUGGAGGAGGGUGUUGUGGGGAGCUCGACAGCAAUGCCACCAUCCUCUUCCAGUUCUUCAUCCCCUGAAUACUUAGAGAGAGGACAACAGGCUAAGAGGAUAAGUGAAGUGAAUUCUUCAAUGAUCCCUAAAUUGAUUGGCACUAGUAGUGAAGGAAAAAGGGAAGGUGGAAAAGAAUACAAACUAGCAGCACGGUUUAAGAGCUCAGGGUUGGGUGGAGACCCAGUGGGCAUUGCUGCUAAAAUGGACAUGCUAACUUUAGCCACAAACUCUCAGUCAACACCACCUUCAAAGUCUAUACUUGGCACUGUAGGCACUCUAAGUAAUGAAAUGACUGGGGAAGGAACUGAAGCAUUCAAGAUGACAGGACCAAGCUGUACAGGGGAAGAUGUCUUGUUUAGAAAUCUAGACCCGCUAUCCUUUGUGAAUGCAUAUGGUACCACCUCCAACACAUCUAAGGCCAAACCAAAUACUUCCACUGGAUUCACUUCAACCUUGAAAACAGGAGUCAAAACCGCAUCAAACACAAUUGUGAACGCUGCCCCCUCUGCAACAAUAUCAGUGCCCACUUCCAUAUCCUCUUUAAGGAGGUCCAAUAGUUUCUCUGGUCAGCCCUACCUAAAAGAACAGAUGCAGGAGAACCAGAUAACUGCUGGGUCAAUGAUUAAUGCCCAUGUUCAUCAAAGAAUAAGAUCCAAUAGCCUGAGUGAAGAUUCUCUUAUUUCUACAGUAGAAGCAGAACUUUCUGUGUCUUCAGUAAUGUGGAGCUACAUGAAGGAGGCCUACUGCAACCAGCUGGACAGCAUGAAAUCUGAUUUGGAAAUAUCUGAGAAACAAGCUGGCAGAAGUAACGUGAGUGUGAUACUGAAGGGCUCAGAGUCCUCUGAGGUUGAGGAAUGUCAUAGGCAGCUGCUGAAUCUUGUGGCUAUGGUAGCCACUGACUUUUGUGUUCAGGAGUUGUGUUUGACAGAGCUUGGUGUGGUUGAAAAAGAUAAAUUGUUUGAGGCCUGCUGUUCGAAUGUGCGCUCAUGCUUUCGUAAAGUUGUCUUGCACCCCUUGAAGGACAGGGUUCUCCUGCUUGGUCCAAAAUUGCUCUGCUCCCAAGUCAGUGGAAUAUUUAAAGAUAUAUUCCCUGGCAAUGAGUCAAAUUUAAUACCACAGAUGAAGACCUUCCAUCCACAGCAGGGUGUAGAUCUAGGAGCAACCAAUGCAUCUUCGAAUACAACUGAAGUCCAAAUGAGCAAGUCAACCAAAAUCAAUCAGUCUAAGUCUGCUCAAAGUGAAAAGGAGCUUUCUUUUCAGGAAACAAAUCAAAUGGCUCUUUCUAACGGCAAUCAGACCAAAUGCAAAAGUGGGGGGCAAUUGAUAAAACAAAAAUCAACAGCAUUGGAAAAGUUGGAGAAACCUAGAUCUAUGAUGGAUGAAUUUAGCAACACAAACUCAUUUAGCCAAUCAACAGAUGCCAGCGAAGAACAAACAGGGCUAAAAAAUGAUGGGCAAACUUCUUUAACACUCAAGGCACAUGAGAAAAAAGAUACCUCCAUGACUUUGAAACAGGCCAACCUGCUGUCCAAAUACCCUUCAGAGCAUUGCGUUUGUGGAGCGAGUGGAACAGAUGUUAAACGGACCAAUUGUGGUGUCAUCCUGUGCCCUAUCUGCCUUCCACUGCAUUCACACUGCAGAGUGUGUGGAAAAGAAGAGAUUUACUCUCAGAAGAAGGUGUUGGAGGAUCCAGUGCUCAGUUAUGGCUCAAAGGAUGUACUACAAAAUCAGAUGCAUGGAUAUCAGGCUCAAGAGAAGCAUUUAGGAAAAGAAGACGGCAAAGAACAAAAGGGUAUCCAAGGCACUAUGACAUGUUCUGAGAUGCCUUCGAGCCUUACAGGGUAUUCCCGACACACAACAGCCAAGAUCACAUACUGCAUACCUGAUGGCAUACAGGGGGAUAAGGAUCCAUGUCCAGGGUCACCAUUCCAGGGUGGUCUGUUUGAGGCUUACCUGCCACUCAACCCAAAGGGGCGGAGUUUAUUGCUUUGUUUGGAAAAGGCAUUUCAUCAAGGGCUAACCUUUAUUGUCAGUCCAAGCAACAAGGACAAUGGUGGAGGUGCAAAAGUGACCUGGGGCAAGAUCCCUCACAAGACCAGGAUGGAGGGAGGGAAGAGCAGGAAUGGGUAUCCAGACUCUGCAUUCCUUAGUCACUUGUCUGAGGCACUAGUGGCUCAUGGAAUUGAAGUGAUUAGUCAAGAUCAAGCUAAAUUUUGAUACUGAACUUGAGACAUACAACAACAUGUCUUAAUCUUGUCAUCCUGUCAGGACAAGUCUUAAUAUUGACCACAAAUAAUUAUUAAAUAAUGUUUUAUUUCUUUUUAUACUUUUCUUGCAUGGAAUCAGCUAAGCAUUAGUACAGUAUUUCUACUAACAGUUAUCAGUGAUUUAUACGAUACUUUUAUAAGCUGUAAUGAUAAUAGGAUGCCAAUGAUGCUCUAAAAUAUAUUUGUAUUGAUGUACAUUAUUAAUAAUUCUCAACAUGUAUACUAUGUCUUUAAAUUCUGAAUCAUUUCCACAUCAUCUUUUAAUUAAAUAAUUAUCUUUAGUCCCUUGAGCUAUAGAUUAUUUGCUGCAUCAUUUCUACUCAGCCGAAGUCCAGUAAGAUUUAGAGUAAAAGCAAAAGAUGUUACUGGAAAGAAAUUUACAUGACUGAAUUCUUAUUAUUUUCCUUGUUCCUUCUUUCCACUGCACAAAAACAAGUAUAGCAACAUUCCUACUUUUUUUUUUCUCUCCCUCUCACUUAAACAUCAAAGAAAUCUAAGAGUGUGACAGGGUCAUAUUCUAUGGGGUCAUAUCUUUUUCUUUUUUAUCUGUAUUUUGAAAAUGUCAGAAGCUAAAGAUGUAAUCUUUCAGGAACAACUGUGCAUUUGAAGAUUGAAGUGCACCACCCUCACCUGUCCAUGAACCACUGCGCUAAUACAAGAGUUUUAACUUUGCUGGUUACUUGUGGCUUUAAAAGGAAAUAACCAUCUGAUUGAAAAAUUUGAAAAAACGUGUGUGUAUAUAUAUAUAUAUAUAUAUACACGCGCAGGAGAACUUCAUGGAUGUUCUUCAGUGUGCCUGAUAUCAACAUGCAACGACACAGAUGAGAAGCACACACAUUUGAAGCUCAGAUUAAUUCAGGAAAUCCACUAAAAUAACAGAUAAUUCUGCUCGAAAUGUUGCGUUUGUGGUUAAAUUAAAUUU